AUCACACUAUAAAAGCUUAAUAGUUAGAAUUAGGGUUAUUUUCUUUCAAUCCUCCCUGACGAGUAAGAAGAGCAAGCAGCAGCAGCUACAAGCGCCUCCUCAAAUCUCAGGAUGGAUACUGGCAUAAAGCACGCUAUCGUUGUCAAGGUUAUGGGUCGCACUGGGUCUAGAGGGCAAGUGACCCAGGUUAGAGUCAAGUUUCUGGAUGAUCAGAAUCGCCACAUCAUGAGGAAUGUGAAGGGACCAGUGAGAGAAGGUGACAUUCUCACCCUACUUGAGUCUGAGAGAGAAGCAAGAAGAUUGCGCUAGAUGGUCUCCGAUGGUUUUUCUCUGUAUUAAGUAAAAAUAUUGUGGAUUUUUGUUCCUCUGGUUUCAGUUUUAAUGGUAGUUAGCAGAUGCCAUAGUUCGAUGCUACUUUUGUUGUCCUGGAUCUAUACUAUAUGCCCUUAUUAUGAAACUUAAAUUUUGAUA